AUGGCAAAAGUUAAAAGUAAAUUUAUAGUUAUUGUUAAUGGAAAUAUUAUUGAUGCUUGUUUUCAUCAAACAAAAAGUCUUUAUGUAAAGUAUAACUUUAUUUAUGGACCUGAUUGGUCUUUUGUUACUGGAAUAGAAGAAGGAAUAAGUUGUUCUGGACAUAAAACAAAAAAUAAAGCAGAAAUUAAUUUAAAUACUUUAAUAGAAGGUACUUUUUCAUCAACAAAUCCUUAUAAAUGGCCUCAAUUAAUUCUUUCUUGUUAUGGUCCUGAUUUUUUUGGUAAUGAUAUUAUCCUUGGUUACGGUGCAGUAUAUGUACCUACAACACCUGGUAUUACAGAAGUUUCUGUACCAAUGUUUGUACCAAAAGCUUCUUCAGGAAUAAAUAAAUUAAUUGGAUUAUUUACUGGAAGAAGAGCAGAAUUUAUUGAUUCUAGAGUAGUAGGAUCAGCUGAAGGAAGAGAUGUAACUAGAGUGACAACACAAGGAAUUAUUAAUGUAAAAUUUAAUGUAAUUAUAAAAGAUUUAAAAAAAUGUGGAUAUGAUGUUGAGGGUGAAACAAUGGCAAAGUUAUCUGAAUUUAUUCUACCACAACAUAUAUUUGAAAAGGAAGAACCAUCUAAUUUAAUUAACACAAUUGAUCAGCUUCAGAGUCCUAAAGAUGAAUCAGAUGAAAAAAAAGAAGAAGAAAUAGUAUGGAAACCUGAAGAUCAAAUAGUUAGUUAUAAACAAGAUAGUAUAGAUAAAACUUCUGAAGGAGAUACAAAUAGUUAA